GGUUGACUUUUUUUAUAUGGUGAUUGCUAAUCCUGCUUCCGAAGGGCGAAACGGGGGCUGGUCAAAAGUUGGCUAUCAAUGAAAUCGGUAACGAUUGUGUGCAGAAUGUGAUUUGUAUAAAUAUAGUUUUUGAUCGCCUUCUAAGACACACAACAAGUUUAGCAGCCAUUCAAUCAAAACCUCACAGUUCUAAUCAAACAGACCGAAAUGGUUUUCAAGGUAUGUUCUCGAAAAGCUGAGAUCUCACAAAAGUGUUCUAAUCCAUCCGACUUUGUUCCAUUGCAGUUCUUCCUCCUGUCUGCCCUGAUUGCCGUGGCCAGCGCUGGUCUGCUGCCGGUUGCCGUCAAGCACGUGGAAUACGCCGAUGCCCCCGCCGAGUACCAGUUCUCGUACUCCGUCCACGAUGACCACACCGGAGACAUCAAGAGCCAACAGGAGGAGCGUCACGGAGAUGACGUCAAGGGACAGUACACCCUGAUCGAUGCCGAUGGUUACCGUCGCGUUGUGGACUACACCGCCGAUGAGCACAACGGAUUCAACGCCGUCGUCCGCCGUGAACCGCUGACCCAGAAGGUCGUCAAGGCCGUCCUCCCGGUGGCCAAGGUUGUUGCCCCAGUCCAGCACUACGUUGCCGCCCCGGUGGUCCACAAGGUUGCUCUGCCAGUCGCCAAGGUUGCCUACCCCGCCAACCUGGCCACCGUGAGCUUCUCCGCCCCGAGCCUGAACUACCACUACUAAGACCAUCUCUAGUCUCAAUUUGUUGAUAUGUGCGUAAU